AUGACUCUGAACGGCAGCAGCGGAGCGGGCGGGAGCCGAGGCGCGGCCCGGGAGCGCGACCGCCGUCGAGGCAGCACCCCUUGGGGCCCAGCACCUCCACUGCACCGCAGGAGCAUGCCGGUGGACGAGAGGGACCUUCAGGCGGCGCUAGCCCCGGGCUCCCUGGCAGCAACUGCAGCAGGAACUCGGACACAGGGGCAGAGGCUUGACUGGCCGGAAGGCUCCUCCGAUUCGCUCAGUUCUGGAGGCAGCGGCUCAGAGGAGAGCGUUUACAAGGUGCUGUUGCUCGGGGCGCCUGGUGUGGGCAAGAGCGCUCUGGCGCGCAUCUUUGGUGGUAUAGAAGACGGGCCUGAAGCAGAAGCCGCAGGGCACACGUAUGACCGUUCUAUCACCGUGGAUGGAGAAGAAGCAUCACUUAUGGUCUAUGACAUCUGGGAACAGGAUGGGGGCUGCUGGCUGCCUAGCCACUGCAUGGCCAUGGGGGAUGCGUACGUCAUUGUCUACUCAAUAACAGACAAGGGCAGCUUUGAGAAAGCCUCAGAGCUCCGGGUCCAGCUGCGGCGGGCACGGCAGACAGACAACGUGCCCAUCAUCCUCGUGGGCAACAAAAGUGACCUGGUGCGCUCUCGUGAGGUCUCUGUGGAUGAGGGCCGGGCCUGCGCAGUGGUCUUCGACUGCAAGUUCAUCGAGACAUCAGCAGCGCUGCAUCACAACGUCCAGGCACUAUUUGAGGGUGUCGUGCGCCAGAUACGCCUGCGAAGGGACAGCAAAGAGGAUAACGCCCGGCGGCAAGCUGGCACUCGGCGACGGGAAAGCCUUGGCAAGAAAGCCAAACGCUUUCUGGGCCGCAUCGUAGCUCGCAACAGCCGCAAGAUGGCCUUCCGUGCCAAGUCCAAGUCCUGCCAUGACCUCUCCGUUCUCUAAGGCCCGAUGGGCCUCUCGCUUAGUGGGCCAGUGGAUGGGGUGGAGGGGCCGGCCUAGCCAACUGCUCUAGAUGCCUUAGAGCUGGCCCAGCCUCUGCGAUUCUCAGAACUGUCGGCUGUGCACACCCUGUCUCGUGGUCAAGGACAGACA